AUGCAUAAUCUCCUCUUUCGACUUUACGGGGUUCUGGCAAGAUUGGCUCAGCUCUUUUCACUCAGCGAAAGUGUGCAAAUCUACCCGCCUGCCUCCGCCUCGUCGGGAAUCGAGCCAGCUGACCCAGACCACAAUCGGGAGGUACAGUUGCGGAGUCGCAAGGGGUGGAAGGGGGGUCUUGCGCUCGAGCUGCCUUUGGCUAAUUGA